AUGUGCCGACCCCUCUAUAUCUGGCUCUUCAAGCAAAAGGAGCACAGGCUCCAGAAGCUCUACAAUGAGCUCUGCGACAUGGAGCCUGGUUAUAUAACAAACCAGUUUGCUGACAUCGAUAUCCACCCGAUGGAUUUCUGGACUGGGGAAACCGAUCCUUCCCUCAUCCAAUUCUUCGCACCCGACACCGACACCAUCUUCAAAAUCGCCAACACUCCACUCGAUCCCGAGGACCCUCUGGACGACCCGUUUACAAGGGCCCGGGAUUCGAAAUAUCAAGUCUUCGUCCGCCAAGAGAUGCACCAUUCACUGCACAUGGCGUUCUCGAAGUACCUCCGCAAAUCCCCCGGGGGCAGUAAGUCCCCUGAUCUCUGGUCGCUAGUCUCAAUGAGAGACGGAGAGAGUCUCUUCAACAGCAACGAUCGGCACGGCUUCACUAUUGAAAAUGGAGCCAAAAGUGCCGACGGAAUGACCUCCCACCAACUCGUCGUCAUGAAAAGCCAAAGCUGCUAUCAUGAAAUUCUCCCCUCAGUUGGAGAGCUCCUCGUGCUUGUUCGAUGGAUGCUGAGUGGUAUCAAAAACCAGAAGCGCCAAUUCAGCAGGUACCACCGACAUGAGCGUCCCCAACUUGAGUUCCCGACAAUGAUCAUGUCCUUCCUCCCCAAUGCUCGGGUUCGAGUUUUGCAUGGGUAUUUCGACGGCGGCCAACUUAAAGUCGCCUAUACCCAAGCACUCAACUUCGAUGCGGAGGACUAUACCGAAAAGAUGGACGUCCUCCUUCAAUGGGCAUGGCCCCUCGCUGAAGGGCACACCAGCAAGCCCAUCCCUCUUCCAACCAUCGAGGACGAUGAAGAGGAUGAAUGGGAUGAAUGGGAGAAGUGGGAGUUGCGAUACAGAGAGGAUAGGGAGGAAGAGUGGAGUGAUACAGACGAUGGUGGUGACAGCACUGGGGCAGAUCAAGACCUCAGUGACUGUGAAUCGGAAGUCGACGAAGAAGAUGAGAUCGAUGUGGAAACCAAAGGUCCCAUCGAGGAAUGGAGCGACCAGCCCGUGAUGUCUACGGACAUCAGAAUAAAAAUCAUCAAGAGGUUGGAUGAGAAGCUGAAGAGUUUGGGGAAGCUGGGAGAGUUGCGAGAGUUGACCUGA